CCCAGUCGACCACUGUACACUGCGCGUGCGUCAUGUGUAAAUUACAAAUAUUGUUGUUCUGCUAUUUAAUCGUAUUUGCUACUGCAAAAUUCUGCAAAGUCCCAAACGGCGGUAUAGGGAUUUGCAAAAAGAUAUCAAAAUGUCCAAUUCUGUACGAACUGGACAACAGACCAAACAAAAGCGAAGAGGAGGUACUGUUCUUACAACAGUCGUUUUGCGGGAUUUCAUUGACUUAUAUUACUAAGGUAUGCUGUCCAUUACGAAAAAAGUCUGUCCGGUUUAAGCCCGUCGAAUCGUCAAAAAUAUAUACAAAGGAAACUACUAUCGAUGAUAAAAUCAACAACCCCAACGAUAAAAAAAACAAUGAGAUUUCCCUAGCUCCAGAUGGCACUUGCGGAAUUGACUCUAGUAGCGGCAAUAGAAUUUUUGGAGGUGUAGCGACCAACAUCGAUGAGUAUCCCUGGUUAGCUCUACUACAAUAUGCCAGAGAAUUCCUUCUCUGCAGCGGCAGUUUAAUUACUCCAACAUUAAUUUUGACAGCUGCACAUUGCAUUAACGGGCCAAACAGAGCACCACUUUUCGCCCGUCUAGCAGAAUACAACAUUACCUCGUUCCCAACAGACACCGUAGAAACUGAUGGCGGUGGUUUUGACUCUUCAACUGUUGUUAUCAUUCCAGUUGAGAAUACACUCUCGCAUCCAGACCACAAUCUAAGCAAAAGGCUGCAUGACAUAGGCUUUGUUAAGCUAAAGAAGGCCGCCGUAUUUUCAGAUUUUAUAAAAAUAAUCUGUCUGCCUACAGUCGACUUUUUCCCAGAGUUUAAUAAAAAGACAAAUUUUACUGUGGCUGGGUGGGGAUUGGACGAGUCUGGAGACUCAAGUGACGUUAAGAAACAUGUCAAACUUCCGUUUGUAAGAGACGACUACUGCAAGGAACGCUAUUCGGACCUACCACUUUUAAAUGUUAUAUGUGCGGGUGGCGAAGCUGGCAAAGACUCUUGUAAUGGCGACUCGGGUGGUCCGUUGAUGUACGAAGUUAGUUCGUCAAAUUAUGCUGUCAUUGGCGUACUGAGUUUCGGUUACCGUGAAUGUGGAAUUGCUGGCUGGCCUAGCGUUUACACUAACGUCUUUCAAUAUAUGAAGUGGAUUAGGGAUGUUACUGAGGGUAGGAUUAAAAUCUAAUUUUUCAUUGGAUAAUAUGAUUUUGAAUUCAAAAUGUAUGGUAAACGUUUACCACCAUUAAUUUAGACAGCAAAAAUUUAUUUAAAGGAAAAUAUUGCACAGUUAAUAAAGUUUUAAAUUAAAAUUUGAAGAAAAUAUUUAUAACACUAACUUUAAUACACACAGAUUUAAGUAGUUAAUUAAUUUGAAAAAAUAAUGAAAGGUCAAUACUCUAAGAUCGAAUCUCAAUUAGUAUUAAGCUGUUUAGUAAAUAUU